GAAUUUCCAUCUCAUCGAACAACGACCCAGUCUCCACGGGACGUCGAGCAAAAAUGGCCAAGAAAGCAAAGUCACGUACCAUCACCGUCCGCCUGAUCUCUAUGGCGAUGACGGGUUUUUAUCGCACUAUGAUCCGGCCCCGUGCGCACCGCCCGCUCUCCAUGCUCAAGUACGAUCCUGUCGUGAAGAAGAAGGUGCUUUUCCUUGAAGCAACCAAGGGUGGAAAGGCGAAAUAAGUGGUUUCGAAGUUUGAAAACGAUUUCCGAUAUACCAUAUUCAUCAACUCCCGCGACUCUCUCGGCGUUGGCUGUGUCGAAAGCUCUCGCGACGCAGUUAUCGGCCAUGCGAUUGCCUUUCCCCUUCGUCGAAUCGUUCAUCUCUGCGCCUUUUGUCGAGGAUUGUCUCUCUCGGCGUGGAUUUAUCUCUGGAGGAUACCUCGAGAGGCUGUGUUGGUUAUGAAAAGGGGAUGUCUGGGCUGAGUGGCCCUAUUGUGUACAUUAUAUCCUGGGAAGUGUUGAUGAGAGCGAUUCUCUCUCAACUGCUCCAUUGUACUUCCUUUUGAUGGAGCAUUGUGUCUGGCGUUUACGAGCAUUACAGCUUUGGGUUCUGAAUUGGAAAUAAAUCUUUAAUUCCGCU